AUGAAUGGCGGUGCAGAGUUGCCUCAUCGAUCCUCGUCACCGCUGAAGAGAAGGGCGUCAAGUAUGAACCCAGACACCGCGCCGACCGAGAAUGGCAUCAUGGAUGUCGAUGGCUCUGAACAUGGCCGAGACGUGUUGGAGGCGUCCUCGAGGCAGUUUUCACGUGCCAUGAGCGUCGACAACCCCGAUGCAUCCGGGCAAGAAGAACCUUGCAUGGCUCAACCUCAACCUCCGUUGCUGGAACAGAUCAAAAUCAUCGAAAUGCUUCUAAAAGCAUUCGCCGAGGCCCCGGUUCGAGAAGGCACCGUGGCGUAUUUAGUAUCGCGAACAUGGGUUGACAAGGCCCUCGCGUUGCGGGGCGGCUCCAAAUCUGCCUCAGCAGUUGCUGCUGAAGAUGUAUCCUUGGGACCGGUUGAUAAUUCGGAUAUCGUGCUAGAGGUGAUUCAGGAUUCCAGCGCCAAGCCGUUUGUGCGCCUAUUACCCGGCCUAGGUCUCGAACACUUUGAACUGUUCCCGGAGGAUGCUUGGAACUUGGUCAUGGACUGGUACGGCAUAAAAGAAGGCCAAAGCCCCAUCGUUCGUACGGCCGUCAACACGGCCGAUAGCAAGCACGUAACCCCCAAUAUCCUGUUCGAAUUUCACCCGCCAGUCUUCUACAUUCACCGGGCAUGGUCGGACAUCAGCCCCAUACCCAUCGAACAGUCUCUCAAGGCCAAGAAUCCACCGCCUCUGGUGGUGGCAAGGAGCUCGGCAGCGCAUGCGCAAACUUUCCUAAAGGAGAUAAAGACCCUUGCUGGAAUCAGCCUGGAGCGCAAGGUGCGGCUUUUUACAGUCCCACCCACGGUGACGAUGCUAGAGAAUGAUGCUUCGUCGGCGCCCACGCCGCCCGACUCUCCCGGAGGGGCUCCAGGGAGAAGUGCCGGACGAUUUAUCUGGCCUACCAUGCUGGUGGAUAGAGCUUCCAUUGCGCAAGUUCGCGACACCAAAAUUUCGGUGCCUCUCGCUGACCACACCACAAACGACAAGUUCAACGGCCAGACGGCUUUGCGGCAUUACGACUUGACAACCGACCAGACUUUAAUCCUAGAUGAGGCCAUUGGAAACGCCUACGUUAGCAACUAUUCGCGUCGAGUAAGGAAGGUCGUCUCCUCCCGCUUAGCUGUUAGCUCAGUGUCUUCUAAAUCCAACACCAACAGUAACCGAAGUAGCCCAGCUCGUGAAGGUCCCAUGACACGAGGCCAAGCGCAGAAGAAAAGGCUUGGAAAAAGCGCUGGCGUUGUCGGCCUGCACAAUCUCGGAAACACCUGCUACAUGAACUCUGCACUACAGUGCGUGCGCAGCGUUGAAGAGCUGACCAAGUACUUCCUGACCGAGUCGUAUUUUGACGAGAUCAACAAGGCAAAUGUGCUCGGAUUCGAAGGUAGAGUUGCCAUUGCCUAUGGGAGCCUUUUGCGGGAAAUCUAUGCUGAAGGUCGAGGCUCCGUUAGCCCGCGAGACUUCAAGGCGACUGUUGGCCGCUGCCGUCCCACCUUUUCGGGAUGGAGUCAGCAGGAUUCUCAGGAAUUCCUGGGUUUCUUGCUGGAUGCCCUUCAGGAGGACUUGAGCAGGAUCAAGAAGAAGCCAUACAUUGAAAAGCCCGACUCCACCGACGACAUGAUCAACAACCCAGCAGCCAUCAGAGAGAUGGCGGAGAAGGUCUGGGACAUCACUUGCCGCAGAGACGAUUCCGUCAUUGCUGAUCUCUUCACUGGCCUGUACAAAUCGACACUGAAGUGCCCCGAAUGCGGCAAGAUUAGCAUUACUUUUGAUCCCUUCAACAACUUGACUCUUCCACUACCGCUAGAAAACAUGUGGUCAAAAGCUGUCAAAUUCUUCCCACUCAACGACUCCCCUGUCAAGAUUGAGGUCGAAUUGUCAAAGCACAGCUCGAUCGAGUCCCUCAAGCAGUUCAUUUCGGAUCGAACCGGUGUACCCGUUGAUCGAUUGAUGGGCGCCGAGGAGUUCAAGGAUAGGUUUUUCAAGAUCUACGACAACAACCAGGAUGUCUCGGAGGAGAUUCAGUCCUCAGACACUCCAACAAUUCACGAGCUAGAGGCGGUUCCAACAAACUGGCCGAGCAAAAACCCCCGGAUGAAGCCUCGUUCCAUGUUGGACAUCGAUACUCCUCCCGAAUCGUCGGAGUGGAGCGAAGAGGAGUGCGAUACUAUGGUGGUUCCAGUUCUCCAUCGAAGACCAGAGAUGGGCGCCCGAGGGCCAGAAGGCGUCUCCCCUCCUCAUUUCAUCACACUGACCAGAGAAGAAGCCUCAAGCUACGGGUCGAUCCAACGCAAAGUGUUGCAAAAAGUCGCUACGUUUUCUACAUGGUCCAAGUUCAGAGACGAUUUCAAUCCCGACACGUGUGAUGGGGCUGACGGAGACGUAGUUGUUACCGCUUCCUCAGAUGCCGACUCGUCUGGGGACAGUAAAGUUGCUGCCAAUUCGGUAGAGGGUGAAGACGAUAUGGUUGAUAUAACCAUGAAGGACGCAACCGACGGGACCUACAAAAGAAAUACCAACGCUGCUUCACAGUCCAAGAUACUCCGUCAUUUCAACACGGUCGCGCCGAAAUGGGCCCAUCCUGGCACUUUUCUGAAUGCGGACCUGCAAAACCUGUUUGAACUUUGCUACUUUAGGAACGAUUCAGACGGCCCCGUUCCAACUGGUUGGUCUAGUGUCGAUAACACCAGAAGCCUUCCCAAGCUCUCUGACCGCAUACGCGAACCCAGCCUGAAAGACGGCGAUCAGCCCAGUCCCGAAAGUUGGAACAGUGCGGGCUCCGGCAAUGAUGAAAGUGCUGGAGAGGAAUACGAAGCAGCACCGGAAUCCACCGCGACGCGUAUGGUGGAGGAGUCCAGCGGUGAAGACACGCCGCCAACAGUCAAGUUCAAUGGCCGGCCUGGCAAACACAACGCCAAAUUCGGUCCUGGGGGUCACAAGAAGCUCAAGGGACAUAGAACCUACGGGAAGAAGGGCAACAAGAAGCGUGACAAGCAUGGCCGGGGAAGCAAACUCGGCCAACGAGCCAACGCAAUCGCUCCCCAGCCUAUGCCUCCCGCAAUCGCCGACGGUGGCCCCCUGAUUCGACUUUUUGAAGGCAUCGUAGUCGACUGGAGCGAGGAGGCUUGGGACGCUGUGUUUGGGAACAACAGCAGGAGACCAAACGCUUCGCAAGGAAGCAGAACAUUUAUUGACGUGGACACCCUGCAGGACCCUGAUCUGAAGAUGACGCAACGCCGGCGAGCCACGCGCCGUACUCGCGGCAUCACGUUGGAGGAAUGCCUCGACGAGUUUGAGCGUGCAGAAAUUCUAUCGGAGCAGGAUAUGUGGUAUUGCCCUCGAUGCAAAGAGCACCGGCGGGCGAGCAAAAAAUUCGAUUUGUGGAAGACGCCGGACAUUCUGGUAGCACACCUCAAGCGGUUUAGCAGCUCCGGUUGGCGUCGCGACAAGCUUGAUGCCCUCGUGGACUUUCCCAUAGAAGGCCUGGACCUUACGUCCAGGGUUAUACAAAAGGAGGAGGGGAAGGCGGAGAUUUAUGACCUGAUUGCCGUGGACGACCACUUUGGCGGCCUCGGCGGAGGCCACUACACAGGAUACGCCAAGAAUUUUGUAGACGGACGAUGGUACAAUUACAAUGACUCGACUGCCCAUGUGGUUUCCAAUCCUGCAGCGGUCGUCACCAACGCGGCAUACUUGCUCUUCUACCGUCGCAGGAGCAGCGAGCCGUUGGGGGGGCCUCGGUUCAAGGAAAUCAUGGCAAAAUUCGACAAUGAAGACUCGGAUCAUGACGCGACCGAGUCCAGCGAGGACGGCGCCACGGGUCGAUCAGGCAAGACAGCCCCAAGCCUUUUGACGGGAACUGAUGACGACGAGCUCCUCCCGGGAUACGGCGGCAACACGGUUCGUCGAAGCAUCGAGGACGAGGGACCCGGACCCCACCAGCGAGUCGGGGCCAGGUCAUUGGACAUGACGCAGGCAUGGAGCUUCAGCAGCCUGGACCGCCAGCCCGGCAUGGACGCCGCCGAAGCAGAUUAUCCGAGCGAUGACGCGCAGUUUGAUUCCUCGGGAGAUGAUGGCGGUCAAGCACUGUCCGAGAAGGACGCGGAGAUGGCGUCGACGGGGCCCUUUGAGGAUAACGCGUCGUGGGACAACCAAGAUGUCAUGGCCGUGCCAGCCGACGGAACAAGGGAAGGGAGCUUGGACGAAGUAGCUGAGAUUCACCUGGAAGGAGAUAGGGCUUGA